AUGGGUGCCAAAAUGCCACGAAAUUUCCGGCUCCUAGAGGAGUUGGAAAAGGGCGAGAAGGGACUGGGAGCAGAGGCGUGUUCAUAUGGACUGGCUGACAGUGAUGACCUGAUGAUGACCAACUGGAACGGCACGAUUCUGGGACCACCUCACAGCGUCCAUGAGAAUCGCAUCUACAGCGUCAACAUCCAUUGCGGCGACAAGUAUCCUGACCUGCCUCCUACCAUUCAGUUCGUGUCCAGGGUAAAUCUGCCGUGUGUUGAUCAAAAGACUGGGAAGGUCGAUCCAUCAAAGCUGCCUUGCCUGGCGAACUGGAAACGAGACUACACCAUGGAGACCAUUCUGAUCGAGCUUAGAAGGUACAUGGCUCUGCCACAGCACAAGAAACUCCCGCAACCCCAAGAGGGCACCACUUUUUGA